AUGUCUCCUUCUAUGAAGGACCUUCCAUCGCUUUUUGAGCGGACCCCUGUCCCUACGUUCCCCAAAGCGGCAGCUUUUGUGCGCACGGCGGCUGCGUGGCAAGGUGACUUACGCAGUGGCAAAACGCACGAUACGAACAGCCAUCGCGUACGUAUUUGCAUUUAUACUGACAGCCAGAUGGCGAAGUUGUGCUUUGAGCUGGGGUUGGACAUGAAACGUGCGUAG